ACUGCCUCAGUAAUUCCAAGGAAGGUGACGCAAAUCACAGUAGGUUAGUGAUACCAUUCAAUGCAGCUUCCGUUAGCAUUAUAGUAACGUAUUUCUUAAAUGUGCGCUUUUCUGUUUAGUAGAUCACGUUUAAAGGAGGCGAUUUAUCCAAUAGUCGGAGUACGAUGAGGUUUUCUAUGUUGAUCGGUCUGUUAAGGCCGAUCGGGCCGGUUGUUAUCGGGAUCUCUCUGGGAUUUACUCUGAGUCUGUUGAGUGUGGGCUGGGUAGAAGAGGGCUGUGAAAACAACCAUGUUGGAGAUGAAGCAACGAAUUUAUCCCAGGAGGGAAACCUAAAAGGAGCCCGGAGACCCAACUCCAUUUCCACUGGGAAUGAUGGUGAGGAGGAUGAGGAAGAUUUUCAGCCGAGAAUUAUCCCCUACAAACCAGUUAAACAGACUCAGCCCAAGAAACUUUUCAGGGCAAAAUACAUCAGUACAGAGCUGGGAAUCCGAGAGCGUCUUUUUGUGGGAGUACUGACCUCCAAAAACACCAUCAACACUCUGGGUGUGGCCGUCAACCGCACCAUCAGCCAUCAUAUGGACAAUGUUGUAUUCUUCACCGGGACCCGAAGCCGCAAGACGCCCCACGGCAUGUCCGUGGUCACCCACGGUGACGAGCGGCUCAUCUGGAACAUGUUCCAAACCAUCAAGUACAUUCUCGAACACUACAUCACAGAGUACGACUGGUUCUACCUCGCUCAAGAUGACACAUAUACACAGGCAGAUCGUAUCAAGAGUCUGGUGGAGCACUUGAGUAUGGACCGGGUGCUCUACAUGGGCAGCCCAGAGGAGUUUAUAGGUGGUGAGAUGCAGGGGCGGUACUGCUAUGGUGGAUUUGGAUACCUGCUGUCCCGCAGUCUUUUGCUGAAGCUUCAACCCUUCCUGGAGAACUGCAGGAAUGACAUCUUCAGCGCCAGACAUGACGAGUGGCUGGGCCGAUGUAUCAUUGACUAUGCGGAUACCAACUGUGUGGAAGAAUUUGAGGGGAGGAAGUACUAUUAUUAUGAAAUGGGCAAAAAUUCUGACCCCAGUAAGGAAGAUAAUGAGCAGUUUAAGAACGCCCUAACCGUCCACCCAGUGUCCGAUCCUGAACAGAUGUAUAGACUACACAAACAUUUCGCUCAGAUCGAGCUGCAGGAAACAUACAAGGAGAUUGAAAAACUGCAGGACGAAAUAAAACAUGUGAGUGUGAUGGCCUUCGAGGGCAACCGUAGUGCCCUGUGGCCUAUUGGGAUCAAUCCUCCCUUUGAGCCAAAAACACGUUUCGAGGUCCUGCGUUGGGAUUACUUCACAGAGGAUCAGGUGUUCACCUGCGUCGAUGGCUCACCGAAGUGCGAGCUCAGUGGAAUCGAUAAACUGGAUGUUGCCGAUGUCAUCGAAACGGCAAUGGGCGAGUUGAACAAGAAAUACAAGCCCGUUCUUUAUCUGAAGAAGCAGCAGCUCAUUAACGGAUACAGACGCUUUGACCCAACCAGAGGUAUGGAGUACACGCUGGAUCUACAGCUGGAAGUGGUUAACCAGAAAGGACACAGUCGCUCCAUCACCAAGAGGGUCCACCUAGUCAGGCCUCUCAGUCGGAUUGAGAUCAUCCCUAUGCCUUAUGUUACCGAGGCAACCAGGGUUCACAUCAUCCUACCUGUUACUCAUCAAGACCGAGAGCAUGUUCACCAGUUUUUGGAAGUGUACGCUACUAACGCGUUCGAGACUAGCGAGAACGCCAUCUUGACGUUUCUAUUCAUAUAUAAUCCAAUCGAGGCCCAGCAGGUCAACCAGAACGACAUCUUUGCCAGCAUUAAAGCACAAAUCAACGCCUACGAGCAGAGAUAUCCCACAGUAAAAGUCCCCUGGAUCAGCGUUAAAAGCGAAAGUCCCUCCCAAAUCAAACUCAUGGACAUCAUCUCCAAGAAGCACCCGGUUGACACGCUGUUCUUCAUUGCUACUGUGAAAACCAACGUCAACUCUGAGUUUCUCAAUCGCUGUCGGAUGAACUCCAUAAACAGCUGGCAGGUGUUCUUUCCCAUCCACUUCCAAUACUACAAUCCCAACAUUGCUUAUCACAACCAGCCCCAUCCCAACACGGCCGAUUUGGUCAAGGAGGCCGGUCACUUCGAUCGCAGUUCCUUCAGCGAGGCGUGUUUCUACAAUGUUGACUACAUGGCAUCGAGGACACGCAUGUCCUCGGAUGUCCAGGAGAACGAGGAGCUCCUGGAGAGCCUGGAUAUUUAUGACAUGUUCGUGAAGUACUCUAACCUGCACGUUUUCAGAGCAGUGGAGUCGGCCCUUCACGAGAAGUACAGUUACCAGCCAUGUAAUCCUCGUCUAAGUGAAGAUAUUUACCAGAGGUGUGUACAGAGCAUGCUGGACAGUCUUGGCUCAAGAUCUCAGCUCGCCAUGCUGCUGUUUGAACAAGAGCAGGCCAACAGUACUUAAAAACAAAACUGAAAGAUUGAUAGAUAGGAGGUGAUAACUCCACCUCAUUCAGUGGGAUUUACUCUGUGUAGUCAAAACGCUGAAUAAUCAAAAAUGCUGUCGGUACCAUAAAGGGACUGAAAACAUACACUAUAACUAGCGGAGGCUUUAUGAGCUUCCUCAAAGUGAUAGUUCAUCCAAAAAUGAAAGUUCUGAGACCAUUUACUCAUCCUCAUGUCAUUUUAAACCUGUAUGACUAUUCCACAAAACACGAGAGAAGAUAUCUUGUAGAAUGUUGUUAACUGGCACGCACUGACUUGCAUUGGUUUUGUGUCCAUACAAUUGAAGUGAUGGAUGCUGGUGCUGUUCGGUUACCAACUUCAUUCAAAAUAUUUCCUUCUGUGUUCUGCGGAAGAAAGAAAGUCAUACAGUUUUGAAAUGACGUGAGGGUGAGUAAAUGAUGACAGAAUUUUGGUGAACUAUCAAUUUAAUGUUUAUUUGUCUUUUAACCAACUUGAAAUAGCAAAUGAUCACUAGCAAAACAUAUCUUAAUGUCUGUGCCUGUAAAUGUUUGACAAUUCUUUUGGUUGGUUCCUGUCAGCACAGAUGUCACAGGGUACAUUUGAGCUCAAAACUAUUUAAGCAGAAUUACUUUAAAGUAUAUAUAUAUUUAAUUUUACAGGUUUUUUUUUAAUUGAGAAUGAACUCAAGUCUGUUCUCCCAGUUGGUUUGUGAUUUCUUUAAGGCUUUUGUAAAUAUUUGUACAUAUAUUAACCCCCGGGCGCUAUUUUGUUAUAAAAAAAUUGUGAAGAUAUUAUUUAAGAAGGUACAAACUGUGUUUCAUUGACAUUUAGUGCCAAAUAACAAAUGUCAGCAAACUUUUUCAUAUUUUGCAAAACAUUUCAACCAGGAUAGCUUCAUAAUCCAAUAAAUUUCUAUGCAUAUAUUCUGAACCAUUCAAACAGCCUCAAUGAGAUUUUUCAGAUGAAGUCUAUUCAGGUCUUGCACUAAUAAUUUUAUUGACCACCUUCAAUAUGUCAAAGCAUACUAUGUUUUCACAAGAAAUAUCAAAUAUGUUAAACAAGGUACAUGGUUAUAGUGUGCGGAGGAGGACAGACAACAAAGGUGCAAUACUCUUCAGAUUUAUCAGAGCCUUCUGAUUGAAACACUCCAGAUGAUAUUCAUGCUGAGCAAUCUUUUGAAUUUUCUAAGAUGCACUCAAACACAUUCAUAAAACACAGUGUUUAUCUGGCGACACAUUGGUAUAUUUAGAUGAGAUUAUUUUCAGUGAGAUUAUUGUUUGUGUGGUUGUUUUUUGAAGGAAUUAUCCAAAGCUUGUAUUUUUUUACUCUCCUUGUACCUGUAUUUACUAGUGUUGUGUUAAUAUAUUUAAAUUUCAAGCAGUUAUAAACUUAAUGCAGUACACUGACAAGACUUAAAAAAAACAAUAUCAAAAUGCUAGGGAUCAAAAUGAGCUGUGAAAUAGGUUGUACAACUUGAUAUGCUUUUUGAUAUGUUUUGUUAAUGAUACAUGCACACGAUGAAGGUGAAUAGAUUGAGUAUCACAGACGGAGUGCAGAUUGAAACCGCUACUGGCCUUUAGGGGGCAGCAAAGGUUCAAGGGAUUUUACCUGCUCUCAAAUGUAUGCUUUCACAAAAUUGUUUCUUAACCUUGCCUUUGUUAAUUAAUUUUCGAUAUAAAUAUUCUCUCAUUAUUCUGUAUUUUGUUAUAUUAUUAUUGCACAAAUGUUUAAUAAAGACUUUGUAUU